AUGCGCGAUCGCGAUGUUGCUAAACGGAAAGCUAUUAAGUCUAACAAUCCUCAAGACUGGGCUAUGUACAAAAGGCUACGUAAUAGGAUCAAUGGAGACGUCAAAUCUACAAAGGCAUCCUAUUAUGCUAGUGCGUUUAUUCAGUCUAAUGGCGAUUCACGUAAAACCUGGCAAUUAAUUAACGAACUCACGCCCCGUCAGAAAAAAAUAACGCGUCUGUGAAAGAAUUAAAACUAAACGAGAACUCAGUAACCAAUUGUCACGAGCUUUCCAAUGCAUUUAAUGAUCACUUUUCAACAACCGGAACCAAACUAGCUAAUGAGGUACCCCUUGUUACCGACGGUUCAAGUUAUGCCGAUUACAUUGUUAGCAGCGACAACAAAUUCAUUUUCAGUCCAAUUAGUAGUAGUAAUGUCUUUUUCUUUUAA